CUGGUGGCAUUUUUGUAUUCCCUUCACUAUUUAAACUUCGCCUCUCCCAAAUGCUCAAAUCCCUCCCACCUGCUUUCUCGUGAGAAGAAGAAAGAAAAACAGCAGCUCAAGAUUCAGUCUUUUCCAACUAAACAGAGAAGAAAGAGACAACAAUGGCCGAAGGUGUCGGAAAAUGCAGCAAGAUCCGCCACAUUGUGAGGCUCAGGCAAAUGCUCAGGCGAUGGCGAAACAAAGCACGUUUAUCUUCAGUCAGCCGUUCUGUGCCGUCGGAUGUUCCAUCUGGACACGUGGCGGUAUGCGUGGGAAGUGGCUGCAGGAGAUUCGUGGUGCGCGCGUCGUACCUGAACCAUCCGAUCCUGAGUAAUCUACUUGUCCAAGCUGAGGAGGAGUACGGUUUCGUUAACCAGGGGCCGCUGGUUAUCCCCUGUGAAGAAUCGGUUUUCGAGGAAGCUAUCCGGUUUAUUUCCCGGUCGAACCGGUGUACUUGUCCCGAAGAUCUCCAGAAAUGCCACGGAGGGGUCACAAGCAAGCUUGAUCUUUUGAUCGAAUCUCGACCGUUGCUUCACGGGGUCGUCGAUAAAGCCGUCUGGUGAUUCUUUUAAGAUCGACGGUGAAGAAAUCAAAAUUUUGAAUAAAUCGUCAUUGACUAGGCUGAGUUCUAAUUUUAAUCGCCUCUGGGUCACUUUUUUAUUUUAUACUAUUAAAUAUAUAAUUAUAUUGGUGAGUUUGAAUCGGGUGGCCAGUUACUCACUGAGUAGUGAAAGAGACGGCGGUUAGAAAGUGCGUGAAUCAUUCCACCGAGUCAUCCUGGGUUCGAAGCCAAGUUCAAGACUGUAAAUGUAAAUAAGACAGAUGAACGUUUGGUCUGAUGGGAAAGAGAGAAAGUGAGUUGAUUUCAAAGGGCUUUUGAUUUGAAUAUUAACACCUUUCUCUGUUAUUUUUCCUUAAGUUUUAGAAUAGAUAGUUGUGCUAAGUACUUUCAAAUAUCUCUAUUUCUUUAAAAUUUAUCAAAACUUUUGUAACAAAGUACAAUCUUCGACCCUUCCAUAAAAUACAAACUACUAGGGGGUUGUUUGUUAUAACGUUUAACUACGAGUAUAUUUUUUAUGGAUUAAAAGUAUUAAUAUA